GGGGUAUUUUCUACACAGGUUCCUGGGCUGGUAGCUUUUAUUCAAAAAUCACCAUUACGGAGCAAUCUGAUCGGCACACAAGCCUUUUUAAAGGGAGGAGGGUCACCGACAAGAUCGAUGUUGGGCUGAUGGUUGUCGGCUUACAGGGCCAGCUAUGGCUCAUGGAAAAAGGCCAGGAACCGUUUCCAGAAUUCUGGGCCCCAGCCCUCCACCCUGCCCUAGUCCUGGAAUCACAAAAGACAGUCAAGAGGAGCACAGUGGUUUGAUCAGGGAAGGAUCUGAGCAGCCUCACUGCAGCCUCCAGGGGCAGGAUGAUAACAAUGACCAGCUUAAUCCUCCUGUUUCUGCAAACCACUAUUUCAUGAAUUGUGACCCCAGUCCUGAGGACAUGCAGGAAGAGGAUGCCUGCUCUGAGUAUGACAAUGUAGGCUCUGAUGUUGAGCAGAACUACGAUGAGGUGCUGCAUUUAAACAGAGAGGGCAUAGCGGACAUGAGGUACAACAACCAGCAUGGUCCUGAGGAUGGCGGCUUUGUAAAGCACGCAAUAGAAGAUGCUGAUGAGGGUUGUGGUGCUGCUGACCACUUCACCCCCAGGUCUCAUCAUAGUACAGAAAUUUGUGAAGUCUCUCAACCUGAUGUACAGCCCCAUAAGACAGACAGGUUUAGUUCACAUCAUGUCUCGACUGCUGGGGGUGAGGCGGAGGGAGACGUAGAACAGGUCCAGGAGCACAGGUAUUUUCUUGAGGACACCGAUGAAAUAGAAGAGGUGCUGGAUGGGGUGAAAUUCAUAGAGGACUUAGAGGAGACAUGGAAUGCAGUUCAAGAGCAGACUAGCCUUUGUCAUGGCCACGAGGAUGACAGGAUUAGAAAAGCAGCUGAUGAUAAAGUAAGGGAAGAUGGUGUUCGCAUCACAGGAAACUACAAUAUCCCUUUGGCCAGUAAAAAGCUAGGGAGUGAGCCUUCUCAGAGAGGUUCAAAGGAGAAGGAGAGGCAGGGUAAAGGAGGGAAGAAGGGAACAGGAGAAGAUGUUGAGCACAUCGUAUCCGGGAUCAAAGGAUGCAUGAGCAGUGGCCCUGAACCACGUCCAAAGACAGCUUCGAAGGACUGCAAGAAGGCUGCUGUACGGACCAAAGCUAGAUCUAGUUCUAGUAAACCACAUCAUCCUCUGCCACCCCGUCAAACCCAGGCUCAGGCCCACGCCCACGCCCACGCCCACACCCAACAAGCCCAGCAUCAUAAAGAUACUCCUCCCACCCCCAGACCCAGUCCCUCUGCUCACAGCCAGGAGAGCCAUCCCAAGGUUAUCAGACCAUCCCUGGCUCCCUAUCAAACACCUGAACAACAAAGGGAGCCUCUUGAGGAGAAGCAGAGACGGCCAGAGAAACCCCAGCAGCAGAGUGAGAAGCCGAGUGUGGCCGUGAUGUCUGAGGACAUGCCAGAGCAGCCAAGUAGGCCUCAGUGUCCAGAGCCCGUCCCUCCAGAGGAGAGCAGGAGCAGUAACUCACCUAAGGAAACUGCUUCUUUUCCCAGCUUUGUUGACGUCCCAGGUCCCUGUGAGCCAGAAGAUCUUAUAGAUGGGAUCAUCUUUGCUGCCAACUACCUUGGCUGCACUCAGGUGUUGUCUGAUAAGAAUCCAUCGAAGUCCAUCCGCAUGUCCCAGGCCCAGGAAGCUGUCAGUCGCAUCAAGAGUCAAGAUGAAGAUUCUCAAAUGAUGACUGAGGUGGACCUUUUCAUCUCCACUAAGGCAGUCAAAGUGCUGAAUGCUGACACACAGGAGACAAUGAUGGACAGUGCCUUGCGUACCAUCUCCUAUAUCGCAGACAUUGGCAGUAUCGUGGUUCUGAUGGCACGAAGGCGCAUGUCUCAGGCAACAUCACAGGACUGCACGGAGACUCCUGUCUCUACUGCUGAAGGGAAGAGUCAGUACAGGAUGAUCUGCUAUGUCUUUGAAUCAGAGGAUGCACAACUCAUUGCACAGUCCAUUGGUCAAGCGUUUAGUGUGGCCUACAGAGAAUUCCUCCGAGCCAAUGGAAUCAACCCGACCGAUCUGAGUCAGAAACAAUACAGUGACAUCAUCAACUCCCAGGAAAUGUAUCACGACGACCUCGUCCAUUUCUCAAACUCAGACAACUGUAAAGAGCUGUAUGUGGAGAAGCAGAAAGGGGAGAGCCUUGGUGUGGUGAUAGUGGAGUCUGGCUGGGGCUCCAUUCUGCCCACCGUCAUCCUGGCCAACAUGCUGAACAGCGGCCCCGCUGCCCGCUCUGGAAAACUCAGUGUUGGUGACCAGAUAAUGUCCAUCAAUGACACCAGCCUGGUGGGGCUGCCGCUGGCGACCUGCCAGGGAAUCAUCAAGGGGCUGAAGAAUCAGGUGAAGGUAAAGCUGAGCAUUGUGAGUUGCCCUCCUGUCACCACUGUCCUCAUCAAGAGGCCUGACCUCAAGUUCCAGCUCGGCUUCAGCGUUCAGAAUGGCAUUAUCUGCAGUCUGAUGCGGGGUGGCAUUGCAGAGCGAGGUGGUGUUCGUGUCGGCCACAGAAUCAUUGAGAUUAACGGUCAGAGUGUGGUUGCCAUGGCACAUGAGAAGAUUGUUCAGACGCUAUCUGUCUCAGUGGGCGAGAUCAACAUGAAGACGAUGCCUGCUGUGAUGUUCAGGCUGCUGACAGGACAAGAGACACCUAUCUACAUUUAGAGACUUUGGCUCUGCAUGGAUUAGCCCACUGUAGUUCUGCAUGUCUAACGGGGUGGAGAAAAUGGUCCGAGUGGCUCAGUGGGAUGAGGAGAAUUUAUUUUUCUAUCAUUUUAUUUUUUGGCCUCUUUUUUGCAAUGCUUAAAAGAACAUGCAGUUCUCAUUUUCAGGUUUUAUCUUGAAUUACAUUGUCAUAAUGGCCUUAAGAUGUGAAUAUGUUGUCUGUAGUAAUGUAUGUGAGUUUCUGGUGUUGAAGAGAAGUAAAUAUAAGGUCAUGAUUAUUUUCUUAUGAAGAGACAAAAUAGUACAUUUAUUUUUUAUUUACUCAUUUUUUAUAAUGUGUACGGAGUUUAAAAUGUAAUUCUACUGUAAAUAGUUUGGUUUACAAAGGACGUGGUUGGAAAGGCCAUAUUAUUCCUGUAUGCAUGUUACUAUGAAGAAUUACUGACCAGGUAUUGAUUUUCAAAAUGACAUAACAAACUAUACAGUAUUAAAAGAAAACAUUAUGCUGUAAAAAAGGCACUAAACUAUGUGUAUUAUGGUGAUGCUGAAGGCCAAAGACACAGCUACUUUUCAAAGACAUACCAGGUGACCAUCACCUUUACCAGUGGGUAUCAGAAUGUAUCAAAAUGUACAUUACUAACUGAAUGUAAUGUUAUCCAACACUAAGAAUACAAUG